AUGGCUCCGCGCGGCUUUACCAACCCCGCUCCAAAGACCGAGUCGGCACGGUCAGCGCUGAGCGCCUUCACCUGCAAUCUCUGCAACAAAUCUUAUUCCCGACAUCCGGAAUAUGAAGCGCAUAUCGGUUCUUACGAUCACCAGCAUCGGAAGCGACUCCAAGAUUUGAAACAGCUCUCGCGCGAUCCAAAUGCCGCUGAGAAGGCUCGGCGGGCCGAGCGCAAGGCGGAUGCUGAGGCUGGUCUGAGAGUUAUUGAGACUCCUGGUGAGGGUGCUGCGCCAACAUCAGCGGCCACAAGCGGUGGUGGCUUUAAGAAGGGGGGCUUCAAGAGCUCUUUUGCUGCUGUGAAAGGCUCCGCGGUUCCUGCAGCUCCUGUGAAGAGGAAUGUGCUAGGGGAUGAUGAGGAUGACACCCCGAAACCUAUAGAUAGUCAUCCACCUGCUGCGUCCAAGGCCGUCGAGAAUGUAGAACGCCGUGAUGAUGUUGAAAGUGACUCCGAUGAGGGAUAUUCACAUGGAGGGGGUGCCUACUAUGACCCGCGUCAACCGACGGAUUGUUUUGCUGGAUGUGCAGCUCAGAAUAUAAAACUUGCUACGUGA